UGUAGUUGUAGUUGUGGUAGUCAGGGUACUAGAUAUAGUAGUGGUGGUGGUGGUUGUACUAGUAGUACUGUUUGUUGUAGUAUUAGUGGUUGUAGCAUCAGUAAUAUUAAUAAAUGUUGUAUGUGUAGAUAAUUAAUACGCUUUAAAAAUAUAGCAUUAAAAAAGCUGCAUGGGAACUAGUAUAUAAUUUCUCAACAUGAAAAAUAUCUUUGUAUCUCUUGCGUCCACAGAAGGAUACGUAUUGAUAAGAAGCUACUAUUUCUGAGCCGUUUCUGGAAAACAAAACAACCCGUCAAUGACUUAUUUGUGCAUGGGCAUCUAAAGAUUAUUGAGUUAAUUUCGUUAAAACAAAUAUUUGAGCAAAAUUUACAUUUUAGACUGAUGAUGAAUCUUCUUUGCACAUUCGUCUGCCUUCUGGUGGUUUUGAGUUCCACGCUCGCACAAUACAGGCGAGGAUACCACCAGAUGGGGCGGUACAAAAAUGGACGUGGCAGGGAAGGAUACGAGAGAGAGGGCUAUAACAACGGUCGAAUUCGCUAUGACAAUGGCAAUGAUAAUGGCUAUUUCCGUGGCGGCUAUCGCAACGGCAACGGCAAUGGCUAUGGCAAUGGCUACGAGAACGGCUAUAAUCAUAAUUACGACAAUGGCCGCGGCAAUGGCUAUGGUAACGGGUAUGAGGACGGCCGCAACGGUUAUGGUUAUGGCCGCAACGGUUAUGAUUAUGGCCGCAACGGUUAUGAUUAUGGCCGCAACUCUGGGCGCUUCGACUUCGGUGGAAGUUUUUAUUAACAUGAACUGCCUGCAACGAACGUUACUGGAAAUACACUAUACGGGGAAUACUUAUAAGGAAAUAAAUAUAUAUUUUGUCAUGUUUCGUUAUAUUCUUCGGUUAGCUAUUUUUAUUUGUCUAUGUAAUCGUCGCAGCUGACAAUUUCGGGAAGCCUUUCAGCGAUACUACCAUACAACGUGGUUUGCCAAAGGAUAUCCAUACCCUUACCACACACACCGCGAAUCCAAUUGUUUUUGCGUUUCUAGCUGAAUAUUUUAUUUUACUUUUCGUGAUUAUUUUGUUUUAAAAUGCACAUUAUAUGUUCUUGGACACGUAUAUCAUCAUUUAACUGAAUUGUGUUUAUAGAGGCAUGUUCAGGAGACCGAGCGCUAGCGGUCUCUCCGUAGACUUGUUUCUGCGCGUAAAGUUAUUGCAUAGUGAACAGAUAGAAAAUAUAGCAUAUUUAAUGAAAACCAGUCAAAUUGUUCGCGACCACUCUCCUACGUGACCCAACACUGAACCAAGGUUAGUGAUUACAAGAGACAGUUCGCCUAAAAUGGGACCCAUCAUCUAUCGCGCUAAAAAAAAAACCGAUUACAUAACUAAUGCACUUUUUUGGAUUAUAUUUUAAAUGACAGACCAUUGUUUUAAAACACUAUGGUGUAUUUUUCACUAUUAGAACAAACUGUUGACAAUUGAAACCAGACAUUACAAAGAUUUUAUUGUUUAGAUUAUCCUUUUCCAUACACCCAAAGUGUUUCUGGUCAUCCUGGUGUUUGUAAUACGAAGAAAUGUAGUUUUUUUUUAAUAUAAUUUCA